AUGGAGUUGAAGCCAAUGGUCUGUUUGGUGGUGCUGCAAGGAGCUCAACCAAAAUGUAAAUUUCAAAACAAAUGUUUACUGGUUAAAGGUGCUCAUGCGAAGCGAAUUUGUCGCAGUUGUCGAUUUACAAAGUGCAAAGAGAUCGGCAUGAACAAACAAGCUCUACAUCCAUGUCGUGAUCUCAUCGGUAGACGUCAAACAUCACAAUCUGAUUCGAUCUCACCAUCUGACAGCCCGUCGUCGUCGUCAUCAUCUGGGGGCAAAUUGCCUCCGGCAUCAGAAGAAGCUCUGUGUUUUCUCUACGGAUUACGUGACAUGGAUGCUCAGGUUAGAAGGAACUAUGCAGCUCGACGUGGUCAUUGUGUUGUAGGCCCCGACCAAGACAGAUUUUUCUAUAAUCCGAUUUGCGAUUUUUCGGGCGUGGCUCCAAACGACGAUCUGUCGCAGUCGAUUCGUGGGGAUAUAGCGAUCGCUGCCGAGUGGGCCGAACAAGUGCCGUCGUUCCAUUUGCUGUCGCCAGCACUCAGGGCAAGUUUCUUAGGUUUCAAAAAAGUUGUAUUUGAUCCUACGAUAGAGAGCAGUUCCUUACAGAAGUUCUUUCACUACAGUGAUUCUGCGAUAUUAGCAAAAGUCCGAGCCGUGCGUCAUCUGCUGCGUCGAUUUUGUUUGAUGUUUGUCAUCAUCGAGCACGGUUUGUUCACAGCUCAGAUGCCGGUACACGACAACGUCUGGUUUCUUACGGACCGUACUUGUCUGGUUAGAGAUGUCGAAGCGAUUCCUGAAGAGAUUAAGCUUCACCUGACAUCAAAGACCACCAUGGCACAACAACUACUGUAUCCCUUGACGUCCUUACUAAUCGAUGAGAUCGCACAACCGUUACGACGGCUUCGACCGACACCAGAAGAAGUCUCAGCACUAAAAGUCCUUAUGCUUAUGAAGCCGACGAUUAUACGCGAAUCCGAAAGCGUUCCGUUGGCCAGUUCUGAAGAACUACGACUUCUGUCAAGUGUACGCGAUAAGGUCCUAACUGGAUUACAUGCGUACUAUUUUGUUAGCGGUGAAGAGAAUCCAGAAGAAAGACUUAGCGAUUUGUUGAUGCUAAGUGGUGGAGUUGCGAAAGUUUUUUAUUAUUUGAAUAUUGAAGAAAGUUCACCAUUGUUCAAAUACCUUAUUGGUAAAGAUGAAAGAAAAAAAUUGAUGUUUGCUCACGGAUCAUGUCCGCACGCAACCAUCAGUAGUGGUGGUGGCAGUGAUGGAUAUCUGUGCCGCUCAAGAAUUGGAAGGUCUGCACUUGUUACGAUUUUUCGAUAUGGCUCGAUUCGACGACGAAUGUACAAAGUUAUUAUUUGGUGGUUAAAACCAGUGCUGAAAUGGAAGAUGUUCUCAUUCUUACACAAAACUUAUCCCAGUUCUCAUCAAGAAAAUGACGAAGACGAAAAUGAUGAUGAUGGUGAUGACGGCGGCAAAUAUGAUGACUACGACGGCGACUUCGGAGGCGAUGAAGAUGAUGAUAACGAUAACGACAACGAAAACGACAACGACAACGACAACAACAACGUAGGUUUCCGUAUUUCGUUGUUCUGA